UUACGGCGCUUGAAGCUGAAGCCUGUCGCGCAAUCGAGUUGCGGCAGCGACGCGACAAGAGUUGGGUGGUGGCGAGCGGCGACUACUCUCCGCAAGGAGAAUGAGAUGUGAUGUCGGGCGGGGUGUAGAGCUGCUGAGGUGUGUUAGGAGGGCGAAGAGGAGUGGCGCGGAGAUCGGCCUGUUGCCUUGCCGAUCGGAAGAGGUCCGAGGAUGUAGACGCGAGCUGAGGCUGAGUCGGUGUUCACGUUGGUGUAUGUGUGUCGAUGGUGAUGAAGAGGAUAGUAGCGGCCUUAGUCUGAAAGGUGGGCGAGGUGAGGCGGGAUGGGUCCUUUUGGAAGUUGCGUGGUGUGGUAGGGGAGUGAAGAUUUGCGGCGAGUUCGAGCAACUAGGUGGAUGGGAUCGACCUAACGAGAGGGGAGACGACGAGAGGGGAAAUGAGGGCGGCGGCGGCGGCACGACACGGCCGCGGUGGUUGAGUGAUUGGUGCCUGGUUGGCUGGCUGGCACUACCGCGAGCCCACCUUUCCCUGGUUGCCUUCGAUUGCCGCCGCGCAUGCGCUGCUGCUAGUGAUCGACCCGCGAGACGCCAUGAUGACUCUCACCUCGCCUCGCGGCGGUCAGCACACCGCGACCAUUCGACCUCGAGGCGGAUGUUGAAUGACAAGCCACCGCAAGUCUCCCCCUCUCGCUCUCGCUCAUGAUGAUGAGACUACCGGCCUUCUCACCCCUCCUGAGCUCAAUCCUCUCAGCGCCGGAACACCGAGCAAUGACCAGGCACGGUGCGGCCCGACCGUAUCAGCGCCCACUCUCGUACGACUGACGACCCGCCACUCAUCGAUGACCAGCUUGAGGAAGAUGGUGGCGGUACGGUCCGCUCGAUACGUUUUUUGCUGGAGUGAGCGCUAUUGAGUUCGCCGUGCACGGCGGCCGUUUGGAACGGUACGGUCCGUCAGCUCGUGUCGCAAUGACAGCCUUGUCCCGAAGUUGAGGUUGAUGUGACCGCGUAGCGGCACGGCACGGUCCGCGUGACGGCCAUGCUCCUCUCUCCCUGCUGGGCGCACCACACCGCACUCCUCUGCGGGACGCUCAAAAGCUACUAUGCCGUCGGCGUAGUAGAUCUGUAGGCUGAAGCUUGCACCUCAUUGAAACUCUC